UCCAUUGGCCUUGACCCGCCAGCCCCAGUACACAGCGCAGCCUAGGUUGCGGCUGCGAAGCUGCAACGCGUUUUACUCGGUGCGUCCCGCUCCGGCCGCCGUAUACACAGCAACCCGGACUACGCGAUCAUCGAGGCUGAAAAUGAAGCUGAAGGAAAUUGAGCGAUCUGCAGUCCAAGCAUGGAGCCCAGCCAACCAGCACCCAGUUUACUUGGCAACAGGUACAUCUGCACAGCAGCUAGAUGCUUCAUUCAACACCAAUGCGGCUCUAGAGAUCUUUGAGGUAGACUUUGGAGAUCCUCUUCCGGACCUGAAACGAAAAGGCAUCUACCUUGCAUCCAGCAGGUUUCAUAAAAUAAUCUGGGGCAGUUUGGAAGUGGGCUCACCCGACUCAUCUGGAGUUAUUGUAGGUGGAGGAGACAAUGGAGAGAUAACGUUGUAUAGCGCUUCACAGAUUUUGGCAUCUGAAAAAGAACCAGUCGUUGGAAAGUGUGGCAAGCAUACAGGUCCUGUUCGUGCGCUGGACUUAAAUCCAUUUCAGAGUAAUCUCUUGGCUUCUGGUGCCAAUGACUCUGAGGUUUUCAUAUGGGACCUCAAUAAUUUCAGUGUGCCAAUGACACCAGGAGCAAAAUCCCAGCCUGCUGAAGAUAUCAGUGCUGUAUCUUGGAAUCAGCAAGUUCAGCACAUCUUAUCCUCUUCCCAUCCCAGUGGUAAAGCCGUGGUGUGGGACCUCCGCAAAAACGAGCCUGUAAUUAAAAUCAGUGACCACAGCAACAGAAUGCACUGCUCAGGAAUGCUGUGGCACCCCGAGAUUGCUACACAGCUUGUCCUUUCUUCUGAAGAUGACCGUCUGCCAGUCAUUCAGUUGUGGGAUCUACGCUUUGCAAGUUCCCCAUUAAAAAUGCUAGAAAAUCAUACAAGGGGAGUUCUAUCAAUAUCGUGGAGCAAAGAUGACCCAGAAUUACUCCUCAGUAGUUCUAAAGAUAACCGUAUACUGUGUUGGAAUCCAAGCACAAGUGAGGUAGUUUAUGAGCUGCCAGUGAAAAACCAGUGGUGCUUUGAUGUCGAGUGGUGCCCCCGGAAUCCAUCGGUGUUUUCAGCGGCUUCAUUUGAUGGGUGGGUCAGCGUGUACUCUGUCAUGGGUGGAAGUUUGGAAGCUCAGCACAGAAGCCAAGCUGAUAGGAUUUCGUCCUCAUUUAACAAUUUAGAUCCCUUUGGGACAGGGCAACCUCUACCUCCUCUACAAGUGCCACAGCCGGCCACACAGACCACCAUAAUUCCACCUCUAAAGAAGCCACCCCGUUGGAUCCGAAGGCCUGUUGGAGUGUCCUUUGCGUUUGGAGGAAGAAUGGUUUCAUUUGAUUGUCCUAAAACAAGUGUGCAGCCGACCCAAGAAACCAGUCCUCGACAGGUCUAUAUCAGUCAAGUGACUACUGAAAGGGACUUCCUGGCACGAUCAAGUGAGCUACAAGCAGCUUUACUGUCUGGCAAUCUUCUGGGCUACUGCCAAAAUAAAGUGCAGACAUCUUCACAUGCAAUUGACAAGAAUAUCUGGAACUUCCUCAAGGUUAACUUUGAACAUGAUGCAAGAGAAAAAUUCCUGAAGUUGCUAGGAUACAGUAAGGAAGAGCUGGAUAAAAAGAUCUCUUCUGCUUUGGGUGAAGGUUGGCAAAACAAAAACAGUCCUUCAGAUGGUGAAGAUCUAGUUCAGAGCAUCCAGUCUGUGUCCAGCCAGGCCUCCAGCAGUUUUACUGGGCAAACGUCAUCCUCCUCAUCUAUGGAAUUUUUUAAUCUACCUCCCCAGGACUCUGCAAAGUUUGAAAUCCCGGUAUCAUCUGACACUGAUGGCCUAAUAAGUCAGGCUCUCUUGAUGGGAAACUUUGAGGCAGCUGUGGAACUGUGCUUAAAGGAUGGUCGUUAUGCUGAUGCCAUCAUAUUGGCCAAUGCUGGAGGGGAAAACCUUCUGAGAGAGACACAGCAAUGGUAUUUCACCCGCCAAAAAAAUAAGAUCACUUCACUUCUGUCUUCUGUAGUCCAGCAGAAGUGGAAAGAUGUGGUCCUGGGCUGUAACCUGCAGAAUUGGAAAGAAGCACUAGCUCUGCUGCUGACUUAUUCCAAACCAGAGGAAUAUGCAGAGCUGUGUGAUGCCCUUGGAAAUCGUUUGGAAUCGGAAGGAGAGGGAAAUCUAUCCACUCAAGCCUGCUUGUGUUACAUAUCUUCGGGGAAUGUGGACAGGUUGGCAGAGUGCUGGGUCAGAACUCAUGAAACCUCAACACCACUUGCACUGCAGGAGCUAGUGGAGAAAACCAUGGUAUUGCGAAAAUCCAUUGAACUACUUCGAGGGGCAGCAGUGUCUACACAAGGCCCUGUGCUUGCAGAGAAGGUAGCACAAUAUGCCAGUUUGCUGGCAUCUCAGGGGAACCUAAAUGCUGCCAUGAGCUACUUACCUGAGGACUCUGAAGAGAGCUCCGUACAUGAGCUGCGGAAUCGCCUGCUGAAUGCUCAGGGACAGGCUGUGAAUGGACAGCCCUAUACCUCCAAGGUAUCCAGUAACUAUCCUUCACCUACAGCCAAACCAAGCAAAGUACCAGAAGUUCCUGCAUACAACGAAGGAAGUAUACAGGCUUUAUCCAAACCUCCAGCUAGCACUGGAAUUCCACCUCAGCCACCAGUGCCUUCAGUAUUCAUGCCUCAACCAAUGCACACAACAAUGGGUCCCCCUCCAUCCGUCCCAUUCCAGCCUGCCUCUGCCCCACAUUCUAAUGCCUAUCCAAGGGCUGGAGCUUGGCCUUCUUAUCCACAGCAACAGCCACAGCCAGGGAUACCAGGUUUUGUACAGUGUCAACCAUUCAAACAGACAGCCCAGAUUCCAACAGAUACUAGUUUAACGCCAUCGCCAGUGAUGGGACAUAUGCCGCCUUUCGCUCCUAUGAAUGUUCCUAGCGUUUCUGUUCCGUCUGGAAGCAUGAUCUUCCCUCCAACCUCCCACCAAUCCUCAUAUGGGUCUAAUACUUAUCCAGUUUCAGGACCAUCUAUGUUUAUGGGUCAGCCUCCAACUCCACCCACUAUGACUGCCUCCUUUACUCCAUUUAACUAUCCAGUGGGGUUAGGAUUUCACCACAGUGGACCAGGGGCCCCUGCUAAUCGACCACCACCUCCAACAGGUUCUUUUCCCUGGCUGCAGAAUAGGCAAGAUGCAGCAGGUGAGCAUGAAGGUUGGGCUGAUUCACUGAAAUCUGGUAUCCAACGAAAUAAGCCGAGUGCUUUCGUUCCUCCAGCUCCCAUCACUGCUCCAGUGAAGAGCCUUCCCUCUGAGCCUGACCCCUUCCAGCCUUACCUUAGCAGCAGUCAUGAUGGUGGUCAGACACCCCCUGGUGCUCCUAAAGAAGCAAGCAUACAGAGUUUGCAUUGGCUGCCUGUAGAAAAAAUAGAGAAGAAAGAAUUACCCCCAGAGCAUCUACCUCUCCAAAGAACAUUCAGUGGACUUGUGCAGCGCUGCUCUUCAGUGGCAUCAGACCCAAAAACUAAAAGAAAACUUGAAGACGCUUUGCAUAGGUUGGAAUGUUUAUAUGACAAGCUGAGAGAAAAUUCUCUCACUCCGAAUAUCCUGAAUGGACUACAUGAAAUCGCCCAUUACGUGGAGAGCCGAAAUUACCAGCAGGGUCUUGUUGUCCAUGCACAGGUUGUCAGCAGCAGCAACUUCAGUGAAGUCUCCAGUUUUAUGCCCAUAUUGAAAGUCCUUAUGACUAUUGCCAGUAAGUUGGGCGUGUAAAACCAGAAAGCCUUUUGGACACUGCUAUGGUUGAAUUACCCGUCUUUGGCACAGGUGCCGCUCUCCUCAUACCUGUGUGCUCGCUCAUACACAUACAUAUGAGGUGUGCACUGCAUACUUCUGCGGCUUCUUAAAGAUCCUUUUCCAUUUUUUUCUUUUUUCUUUUCUCAGCUGAACAAGUAACCAACAUAGAGCCAUCUUGAUAAAGAUGGCCUUGCGUAUCAGCCAUAAAAGUUGUGCCUUGUUCGUGCCAAUUAACCACACAAGGCUGUAUGUUAAAUCGCAUAAAGGAACAUAAAUUAAAGACCGCUAUCAUAAGACAAUCUUUAUACCCCUUUCUCCAGUGUGUGGUGUAAGCCUUUUAUGCUAAAGGAUAUUGAAGACGUGAAUAGUUACUCGACAGCUGUUUUUUUUCCCCCCCUAACUUUAUACAGGGCUUUUGUUUGGUUUAGGUUCUUGGUGUGGCUUCAGCUAGCUAUAAGCAUUAUUAUUGAAGAACUCCACCUGAAACUGCUUAGCUAAGUGAGAACAAUGAUGAGGUGGUAUGUACUUUGUAUGUAAACUUAUCUCUACAGCUUCAUUGUAUAGAUCAGGAUCUGUGAGGUUAUCAAUUGUAACUCU